UCAACUUCUCCAAAUCUUUUCAUCAGAUAAGUAAAAAUCAUUUCUGUUUGCAGGAAAUAAAAGGGCUUGUUUUUGCUAGGCAUUAAUUUCAUCAUCAAAUCCGAGCAAAAAUGAGUUCUUCCUGGCUCUCCGCCGCUCUAAUAGUCCUUUACUGCUUCCUCCUUAUCUCGACCGCCACUGCCUUCAACAUCACCAGGCUCCUCGGAAGAUACCCCGAAUUCAGCAACUUUAACGAUCUUUUGACCAAAAAUGAUCUCGCCAGUGAAAUUAAUAGCCGGAAAACCAUCACCAUCCUGGCGGUGUCUAAUGACGCACUCGGAGGUCUUUCAGGGAAGCCGGAGGAGGUCCAGAAGGGUGUUCUGAGCAACCAUGUAGUGUUGGAUUAUUAUGAUACCUUGAAACUUCAGAAAAUGAAAAACAAAUCUGUCCUUACCACCCUCUACCAAACCACCGGCGUUGCAUCCGAGGGACAAGGGUUCUUGGAUGUCAGCCACAAGAAUGAUGGAAGCAUUGUGAUCGGCUCUGCCGUCAAGGGCGCUCCGCAAGAUACAAAAUUGUUGGGAUCCGUCGCUGCGCAACCAUACAACAUUUCUGUCCUCAGCGUUUCUCAACCCAUUGUGGCUCCAGGAAUUGACAGCGGCUUAAGGCCAAUUGCUUCACCCCCAAAGGCAAGCGCCCCAGUCCCCUCACACAAGAAAAAAUCUCCCCCACCGGCUGAUGCUCCUGCACCAUCUGAUGAUACUACCGCUGAUGCUCCUGCCCCGUCUGAGGGUCCUACAGCGGAUGCUCCUGCACCGUCUGAUGGUCCUACUGCUGAUGCCCCUGCACCGUCUGAUGGUCCUACCGCUGACGUCCCAACUGCAGAUGGUGAUAAUAAGCCAGCCAAAAAUGCUGCCCGAAAGCUGUCCGGUGCUUCCUUUGGGUUGGCAGUGGUGUUUGCAUCUUUCCUUGCAUUAUUCCACUAAGAUCAAGAACAUAGUAGGGCAAGAUUUGUUGGAAAGAAAAUAAAAAUGAAAACUUAUUUUUCAUUUUAUUUCCUCAAAAAUGAGACGAGAAAUGUAAAUUUAAGCAUUUUCUCAUUUUCAAUCUGUAAUUUUGUAUAAUUAAAAAUGGUAAAUAAAAAAGACAUGUCUGGUUACAAGACAAUUUUGCAAGAAA